AAAAUGAUGCGUCGUUUUCAUAUGAAGAUAAUGUUCAAAAUAUAGGGGAGCGAGAAGUUCGUCUGCGAAAUUUUACAGGAGUUAGAGAGUGGAAGGUUUUGGUCCCGCUUGAAGAACUUAUUAAAUCAAAAUCUUGGUCGUCCAUGGAAUUGAAUAGAGAAUGGAAAGUACGUGUUCAAAUCGCGUCAAGAGACCAACCUUUACCAUUUCCAUUUGACGUUGCACCUACUUUUGGCAUCCAUAUUGGAAUUUCUGUUGGCAACGAGUCAUUCGCCCAAAGUCCGGACCAUAAAAACACCAUUUUUUUCACGGUGUGCAAAUACCUUAGUGCAAUAUUUGGAUAUCCUCAUUGCGAUCAUGAGCGAUCAGCACAACAAACGUUUGUUAUAGAUCUUGCGGAAUCAAUAUCACUUCCUGGAGGGAAUUUCUAUUUCUAUUCAAAUUUUCCGUCGCAUUAUGAAAUACCAGCACAAACAUCAGUAAUAGGAGAAAUGAUACAUGAUCAGGAAUACAACAUGCCUUCAGUUUUGGAUCUUGAGUUGAAAUUUGAUGAAAAGGCAAAUGAGUUCUUGGCCGAAGUAAGGCUAGUGUGGCAGUGUGAAAGCGUGAAUAUAGACGUCGUCAAAAAGAGCGAAGAAGAGAAGAUAGAAUUAGGAAUUUUUGGGGAUCUGCUUGAUCCAGAGACUUUUAUCGGAGUGAGAAUUAUCUUGGGAAAAAAUAAAAACGAGCCAGACAUAUAUCAACUUUACGAUCUUUACUCAGAUGAUCACAUUAAAGUUUGGGGAGAAACUGAUCUGGAGAAUCCAGUAGGAACUUCAUCUCUGAAAUGGGGUAGCAUUAUCUUAGCCAGGGAGUUUAUCUUUGGAGGAAAGGAAGGUGAUACGUAUGGGUUUAAUCUUCCAUUACGUAUGCGUUAUUAUCCGGCAGUCCCUGAGAACAUUCAAAAAACACAUGAGACUAUCUCUGCAUCUUGGCCUGUAGUAUUGUAUGCAUGUGAUGGUCUGGGAGUUGGAGAACCAGCACCACUAUUCGCCCCUGUGCCACUUCCACAUUCCCUGCUAUUUCCAUCAACCACCAAACUCCAAUACAUACUACCAAAAGACAAUUCAAGAAACUCUUGGCCGAGGGAAAUGAUGAGGGUACCAGUCGGACAAUCGAAUCACUUAAAAAUUGUUGAAGGGUGGACCAUAUUUAUUACAAUGAUGGGUAUUGUGUGGGUGUUAUUCUUGAUCAAACGGAAGAGGGCCACUAUGUAUAAUACGAAAAAGCACGAAUAA